AUUCAUACGAAACAUGGAAAUAUGUAGAGUACAAAAAGAAAGUAUACAAUAGUGCUGUGAUUUUUACUUUUGGUAUUCAUAUACCAUUUUAUUGGGUAAUAUUUUCAUUUUAACUCUGUGUUGGAUUGACCGAGAGGAACACCAUGUUUAUCUGUGUUAAGUACGGGGACAACGAGACCUUGAUAUGUAACCCCAUGUGUGCUGUCAUCAACCUCCUCAACAGCAUUAAACGACGGGCGGGCUAUGGAAACACAAACGUCACUGUGGACCUUUCUGACGAAACUGGCUUGGUGAAAGAACUGGACAUGCACAAACAUGAAUAUGCAAAUAAGUUUCUAACAUCACAUGGUACGUACAUCUUGGUACAGAAGGAACUGAUGCCGGACAAUGUGUCUAUAGACUCUGGGUCGACGCCAUUACCGUCCCAGUAUCAGUACACACCGUUGUUACAGGAGUUAGAGGAACACUUUCCUAACUACAAACUUCACGUAGAAAAUCUUCAACCCAAGGUGACUAGAAAGCGGACGGGCAACAAAUCUCCGAGUCCGGCCGGAAGGUACAGUUCCAAAUCCAAAAAAACGGAAGGAUUGUCAAAAAGAGCGUCGUCAAAGAAACGGCAAUGAUGUU